AUGGUAUCCAACGCCACUGUCGGUGCUGGGCUUGAGCCCCUUUGCCGCAUCAUUACUCCCAUUGGCAUGCUAGGGUACGGCUUCAACGAAGCUGAAAUUAAAGAUGCACUGGAAUCUUCAGUUCAAAGCGGCAUACCAACCGCGAUUAUCUUGGAUUCUGGCUCUACUGACUCUGGGCCUGCCAAAUUGGCGCUUGGAACUAUGACUUGUCCCCGUGCAUCUUACGAAAGAGAUUUGCGAAAGCUUAUCGCCAUUAUAACAAAAUAUCGCUUUCCUGUGCUCAUUGGAUCAGGAGGAGGGGAUGGGAGUGAUGCCCACGUCAAAGAACUGGUGAAUAUCGUCGAAGAAAUAUUAGCGUCGUCCGAUAACAACUCUACUCAAUUAAAAGUCAUAGCAAUAUAUAGUGACAUCGACAGCGACCUUGUCUUGGAGCGCCUUGAAGCGGGAGCAAUCUCCGGCUGCGGUCCCUGUGUGCCUACUUUGACGGUUGAAGAUGUAAAGGCCUCGAAGACUAUUGUUGGGCAAAUGGGCCCAGAGCCGUAUAUACGAGCCAUGACUACUCAUCCGGAUUUCGACAUCAUUAUCGGCGGCCGAUCUUACGACCCGGCGCCGUACGUUGCUUUCAGCGCCUAUCACGCAUUUGAUCAACGCUACAGUCAAGUGCUUGCUCUGGAUAGGCACAUACUGGGAGGAUUCACUCAUAUGGGCAAGAUAAUGGAAUGCGGUGGCCUAUGUGCCACGCCAAAAAGCCCUUCAUGCCAGGCGACCGUCUACCGAGAUGGCACCUUUGACGUGAAACCCCUUAUGCCCGGCGCUGUCUGCACUCCUACUACAGUCGCAGCACACACACUAUAUGAAAAGUCUCGCCCCGAUCAACUUCAUGGGCCUGGCGGAUACAUUGACCUGUCCGCUUCCACGUAUUCGACGCUAUCCGAUAAUUGCUCAGUGAGAGUCAGUGGAACUACCUUUCACUCGUCAAAAGAAAGCGGCGACUCUUACACGGUGAAAUUGGAAAGUGCCAAGGUUAUUGGAUAUCGCACCAUCUUUAUUGGCUCUUUCAUAGAUCCUAUUCUUAUUUCGCAGCUCCAGUCACUUUUACAUAGAGUGAAGGCGUAUGUGACUCAGCAACAUUCCCACACCUCAGAAAAAUGGGAGCUGGGAUUCCAUACGUACGGAUACGACGAGACAAACAAAACCGCUCAUAUGGGCAAUGUUUUCGUAGUUGCCGAAGCACUCGCUGAGACACAGGCAACAGCUACCAGUAUUGCUUCCACUGCGAGGGUAGGAUGCAUUCAUGGGCCGUAUGAAGGUCAGAAAGCAACAAGCGGCAACUUUGGUUUUGGGUUGGGGGGUAAGGGAGAGAUUGAGACAGGGCCAUGUGCAGAAUUCUCCAUUUACCAUUUAAUGGAAUUGAAGGAAGCCGAAGAAGACGCUGUUGAGAUUGACCAACUGAAUAAGGCAGCAAAGAAAAGCGCUGGGACUUCAAACACAGCUGAGGUUCCUUUCAUCCUUCCCCAGACAGUCGGCGAAGCAGCAAAAGUCAUAAGGUCCAAAAACGCGGGCCCAUACGAAAUUACAUUUGACAUCAUCUUUAACGAUACAAAGACCUACGAUCAUGUGAAAAACACCGGUAUCCUCAGAACCGAAUUAAUUGCGAAGAUAUACAACCUCUGUGUUGACGAUAUCGUGUAUUGCGGGUUUUUCGACCAAGCUCUGGCAUUCAAGGCUACAAUUCCACGCAUGCGCAGCGGAAAACCCGUUGCAUCGGGCGGCUUCAUGGAAGAUGACGUUCAUGGAUCACAAAAAUAUCUGCCUCUUAUGAGCUUGAAACUAGAUACUAUUUGA